GGGACAAGACCCAGCGACAUUGGAGGAUAUAACUUGUGAUCAGGGCUACAACCUAAGUCGACAUCGCAGCUGCUUGUCUCAAUAGUAUCAAGGCAGUCCACGAUGGCGAAAGUCCCUCGCAAUUUCAGACUGCUCGAGGAGCUCGACAAGGGUGAGAAAGGCAUUGGAGACGGAACAUGCUCCUAUGGCCUCGAUGACGGAUCCGAUGUCAUGAUGUCAAACUGGAAUGGGACCAUCAUCGGUCCUGGCCACUCAGUGCACCAGAACCGAAUCUACUCGCUCAAAAUCACCUGUGGUCAGCAGUACCCCGACCAACCGCCAGAGAUCUGGUUCUUGACGCGCAUCAACCUGCCGUGCGUCAAUCAGCAAACGGGAAAGGUUGAAUCGAGCCUUCUGCCGGUACUCUCCCAGUGGAAGCGACACUACACGCUCGAGACGAUCCUUGUCGAGAUUCGCAAGGAUAUGGGUUCUCCAAACAACCGUAAAUUGCCCCAGCCAGCCGAAGGGAGCAUGUAUAGUAGCUAGGGCGCAUUGCGAGAUUCAACAAGAGGCCCUCAGGCAGGAUAGGGAGGUCUCGGUCUGUAAGGCAUGAAUGAAGCGCCUUUUCGCAAUACAUCGAUUCCUUUCUGACGGCUACUGG